AAUUCAGCAGCUGAAAGAGACAACUUAGAAAGGGCACCGCCAAAGAGAGAGAGAAAGAGAGAAAGUAAUCCUCCUGACUAUCACUUACAGCUGGGUUUUUUUAUUCCUCCUCUUCUCUGCACAGAUUCUAUCAAGGAAAGGCAUGAAAUAUGUCCUUCUAAUCUUCAACUACUUCCACUUACUUUGAGGAAUUUUAAAUAGAAACAUUGCUAAAAAGAAUUAAACAUCCAAGACUUUUCUAGUCCUUCUUUGAUGUGAUCUAUGGAGCAAUAUUUGGUUACUAAAAAAAUCAAGCAACAUAUGCUGCAUUAAUAAUCUCACUGAAAAGAAGAAACUUUUGUGAGUGAUGAAAAACAAGUGGCUGCAAACCAAACCAAAGGAAUCUGAAGAAAGAAAGGAGCUGUUAUUGCAGCCAGAUUAAACAGAAGCAAAACAAAUACUUCCAGGAAAUCUACAAAUCAAUGUGUAAAAGCAGCCGCCUUUCUGUGUAGCUUGUUCUCAGAUGUAUACUGCCGCUAAAUGUGGAUAUUUCAUUUAGCCAUCAUGGACUGAUAAAUAAUGAUCAACUAUUCUCUCAAAAUCAUCAUGCAUUUAUAAGAACAUUGUUAGUGAAUGUUCCAGUCUUUUUUGUAACUAUGAACCAAGCAAAGAUUCCUCUGGGGAAAAAUGAGCAGGAUUCAAUUUGUUUCACUGUGCUCAUAGCUACAUAAUGGGAGAAGGCAUCUGAUUGUUAGCCAAUCAUUCAGAACCAGCUGUCUUUCUGAUACUAUCCCAUUGGUUGUUAACAUGGGAACCGAUUGUGAGAUGGGUGAAAGAAAAUAGUUGGACGGGAUUCUUCCUAAGUUUCUGUGUGGCAGCUGUCACGGGAGUCUGCAUGGAGGAAAAGUGAUAUUACUUUGUGAAGCCAGCAUGAAUUCCACAAACGUUACAGAUGGUUCUCUCCGCCUUUUGGAAAAGGUGCUGAUUGGAACUGCUCUCACAGUUCUCAUUGUUGUGACUGUGUGUGGUAAUGUGAUGGUAUGCUUGGCUGUCUAUCUCAGUCGACGGCUUCGCAGCCUAACUAAUUGUUUCAUUGUCUCGUUGGCCUUUACAGACCUGCUACUAGGCCUACUGGUCUUACCCUUCUCAGCCCUCUAUGAGAUCUCCUCCCAUGAGUGGCUCAUGAACAUUACUUUCUGCAAUGUCUACAUUAGCUUGGAUGUCAUGCUAUGCACUGCUUCCAUUCUCAAUCUCUUCGUCAUUAGCCUGGAUCGCUAUUAUGCUAUUACAGCACCCCUCCGCUACACCACUGUGGUCACUCCUUUACGAGUCGUUGUAGCUUUGAUUCUUAUCUGGGUAGUGUCCCUUAUGGUUUCUUUUUUACCCAUCAGUUUGGGAUGGAAUACCAAUGACACAACUAUCCAGAACCAGAAUCAAUUGAACGGGAAGCAAGAGUGCAAAUUGGAGGUCAAUGCAACAUAUGUUCUGGUGGAUGGCUUGCUAACUUUCUACCUCCCCUUAAUUAUCAUGUGCAUCACCUACUACCGGAUAUUUAAAAUAGCCAGGGAACAAGCUAAGAGGAUCAACAACAGCACUUGUUGCAAGACCGACAGAACUAUAUUGCCCACAGUGAAAGAACACAAGGCCACUGUGACCCUUGCAGCUGUGAUGGGAGCCUUCAUAAUAUGCUGGUUUCCCUAUUUUACUGUGUUCACAUACCGAGGUGUGAUGGGUGCAGUAUGUGACCCACUGCUGACUGUUGUCUUAUGGCUGGGUUAUGUCAACUCAGCUCUGAACCCCAUUUUGUAUGCUGCACUGAAUAGGGACUUCCGGACAGCUUAUCAGAGGUUGCUCAAAUGUCGGCGAAUAAGGCCAGAUGCCAGAGAAACUUCUCUAUCACAUGAGAUGAGAGACAAGACCUGCAAUCUGAUGACAAAUCUAUAUGAAAACAAACAUCUAGAGACACAUACAAUGAAUGGGAAGGCGACGCCUCUAAUCAAAGAAACCAUAAAAAGGAAUCAGAACCCGCCAUGUGAUACCUCAAAUUCUACUAUCCUGCCCAUCUGUCGAAGUCUUUGGUUGGCCAAAGUUCUACCCAAGAGGAACGUGUGGAUCCCGGUGUUCGAGAAACCAACAGCAAGUGGACAGAACAUAGAGCAGCACUCUGCACCCCAUACUGUUAUCUAUUGUGUCUUCUCUUAAACCAGCAGGUUUUUCAUGGGAUUGUAUUCACAAUGUAUGUGAAUGACGAAGCAAAGAUGGAUUGGAAGUUCUUGUGUUCCAUUGUUGAAUGACGUUUCCUGUAAUAACAGUUGACUCUGCCAUGUCACACAUGUGGAAGAAGAUGAAGAGGAAUUUCUCAAUAUCCAAACUCUGUGGAAAAAAAUCUUUCAUCUACAUCCUACCGUUUUGUUAAGCUCAUUUCUAACCAAGAAGAAAUGCAUGGGUAGAAGGGAGAAAUACUGGCUUCACUGGAGACUGCAGAAUUUUCUCUCUACAAUAUUAAAUUAAUCCUGGGCCUGUAUUCUCUGACAACCAUACUAUCAGAAUAUUUCUGAUAAUUCACUUUUAAGAUGCCAUCAACUAUUCAUCUUUUUCUUUGACCUAAUCUACAAAGGUCAUGAAUGCCUUGCAUGUCAAAUAUAGUUCAAAUAACAGAGAUUUUGAAAACCAGGAGUUCAAGGAAUAAGGUGGGAAAAGAAGGAUGGGUUUGGGUAAAGCAAAGAGGUAGAAGAGUCACUGCUUUCAUUUACAUAUUAAUGACAGUAUUGUUUACUUUUCUGAAGUAAGAACAAUGCAUAUCUUGGAAAUAUUUCUUUCAUUUAGACCCUCUAGAACACAGGUGUCAAACUCACUGCAUCACGUUGCCAUUGCGUGACGUUUUGUGAUGUUUUCCCCCUUCAUGAAGCUGGGGUGGACAUGGCCUGCACAUGACGCAUUGGCCCAUGGACCACCAGUUUGACACCCCUGCUCUAGAAUCACUUGCACAUUGUCAAAACAUCCAGUAAAAUACAUUAAACUAAAAAAGGAAAAUUUUGAAUAUUUAAUAGACUCAGUUGUUUUCAUUAACGAAAUAUUGUGUUUUGUGUAUUUAAAAACACCGAAAAAGAAACCAACUGGUGAAAAUAUGUCUUUAAGUGCUAUUUCAUAUUGUAAUUCUUUAUCAUUCAUGUUGGGAUAAUUUUUAUUGGGAACAGAAAAACUACGCCCUUUCAAAUUUUGCUCACGUGUAUUCUCAGAAUCUGUGGGGCUCUUUUGGUUAGUUUGAGAUUAAAAACAAAUUAUGACUGAAAGCCUUUAAAAGAGAACAGAAGAGUUAGUAAGGAUGUAGAAAAAGAUGCUAUUUUCAAAGCUUGAAGUGUUUUUUUUUAAAUAAUGUAUUUUUACUAAGAGUGUCUGACAAUAGAAUGCUUUGCUGAUUCCAAAUGCCCUGUCAGCAAUGGGACAGUAAUAAGAUGAUGCAGGGUUCAUUGUCUUUCCUAAUGUAUUGUUUUAAUUUGUGUUUGUUCUUAUUAUAGUGUUGAUCUAAAGCACAGGUGUCAAACUUGAUUGUGUCACGUGAUGUCACGUGAUGUGUCGCAAUAUUUUUUGCCUUUGCGGAGCUGGGGUGGGCCUGAGUGUGACACAUCUGGCCCGUGGGCCGCCAAUUUGACCCUCAAAUAAAGGACCUGAAGGCCUUUAUACUGA